AAAGUGUCACACGCCUGGACUUGACCAAGCUACAGUGUUUGACAUUGAUCGUGAAUUUUUUUUUUUUUUGGAAUUGUCCAAAGAUAAAAGUUCAGAUUUACUGUGUCAUACGUGCAUUUAAAUUUUUCGAUCAAAAAAUUACGAAGUGAUUGAAAGAAUAUAUGUCAUUAAGCUGAAUAAAAUUUCUUUGAGGUGACGCCCUUAUUCCAACGAAUAAACACUCCGACAUUAGUUUUUCGUGUUAAACAUUUCCAGUUAUUGUUGUGUUUUAUGUGCUAUUUCCAAAGGAAAAACCAUUUUUACGGUCACUAAAUUGAUUUCAGUGGUGUGUAACAUCAGUCACAAAAUAAAUACUUUUGGCUGAACAAAAAAAAAACAUUUAAGAUGUCUAAAAAGCCUGCCUCUGGGCCGGCCUUACAUAAAGUGAUUAUGGUUGGAAGUGGCGGUGUAGGAAAGUCAGCCUUAACACUUCAAUUUAUGUACGAUGAGUUUGUUGAAGAUUAUGAACCCACAAAAGCUGAUAGCUAUCGAAAAAAGGUGGUUUUAGAUGGCGAAGAAGUACAAAUAGAUAUCUUGGAUACUGCAGGCCAAGAAGAUUAUGCUGCAAUACGUGACAAUUAUUUUCGAAGUGGUGAAGGAUUUUUAUGUGUAUUCUCAAUUACAGACGAUGAAAGUUUUCAGGCGUCGCAGGAAUUUCGAGAACAAAUAUUACGUGUGAAAAACGAUGAAAGUAUACCAUUUCUAUUGGUAGGAAAUAAGUGCGAUUUACAUGAUAAACGAAAAGUACCAUUAUCAGAAUGUCAAGGUCGAGCCCAACAAUGGGGUGUGCCUUAUGUUGAAACAUCAGCAAAAACAAGAGAAAACGUUGAUAAGGUGUUUUUUGAUUUGAUGCGUGAGAUUCGAUCACGGAAGACAGAGGAUUCGAAGACAACAAUUGGACGAGCAAAAGAUAAAUGCAAACGGCGCAAGCUUAAGUGUACACUAUUAUAGAUAGAUAUUUUCUACGAUUUAAUCAGAGAUGUAUCAUCCCGCAAAAAAUCCCGUUCAAAUGAUGUACAACAGCCCGAAAAUCCAAAAACUCACUGCUGCCAAUUACUUUAAAAGUAAAGAGAUAUCAAUAUACUACUUUC